AUGUCACAACAAAGUCUUCGGAAUUUGGAUUCAAUCAUUGGUGAUACGUUUCAACUCUGUAAUGAUGGAGAAGAUAGUUUUCCGUCCUUGAAAGCCAAGGUUUUACACCUCGCAACUCAAAUUGCAGCCUUGGAGAGACUUGAGCCAGUCGCCAGACUCAUACGAGAGGGGAGGCUUCUACAAAUGCGAAAGCUGAACUACAAUAUCAAGAAAUUGUCAGAGGACGACUCCAAGCGUGAUGAUCACGAAUAUUCUUGUUGGACUAGUCUUCAAAAGCUAGGUUGUCAGACCGCGGUCUUCUGCAUGAUCUCUUUCAGCGGAUUAGCCCAACUGCCAGCUGAAGAGUAUGAUUGGCUUCUGAAGAAUGUGCAAAGGUAUAUGACGGUGCAAGAACUUCCUCGCAACUGGGUCGCAUGA